GACAGUCAAGUGGAAGAGAUAGUCUAAUAACACUGUUUUUGAAGAAGAUUUCAUAUGCAGAGGUCCAAGCUGUCUACAUUCUCACAUGGCUAAGAGUUUACACACAUCAACACGACAGACAGAAUCAAGAUGGAUAGUUUGAAGUUGAAAGAUCUGUUAAUAGAAGUAGUAGAAGAACUGAAGAUUGCCAGAAUAACAGUGGCUGAGAACGAAGAUCGUAUUCAACAACUUGUGAAAGAAUGCCAUAACAAAGAGAGGAAAUUGGAAGAGGAAGCUCUUGAGACACAGUCACUCAAAGACAAACAUGAAGAGACUGAGAAUAUUUUAAGUAAGGCUUCGGAUGAUAAGAUCAAACACCUCGAGACUGAGAAGGCUAAACUCCAGUUGGCUGUAGAGAGUUGGGAAAAGGAAAUGAAAACUAUGAAAGAAGAAGUCCGAACUUUGCAGCUAUCCAAGUACAACCUCGAGAGGACAGUGCGGGAGCAGCACCAUAGACUCCAAACCCAGGGUCAGAUCAAGACCUCAAAUUCUGAGCAGGUGGCAGAUAUUGAGAACAGAUGCAAGCAUCUUCAAAAGGAGAUGGCGUCUUAUAGCGAUGCACUCAAUAUCCUCAAAAAGGAAGUGACUGAAGCUGGUGUAUUGAAUAGGAUGUUAGCAUCGACCAACAGUCAUCAGAAGUGUCAGAUAUCAUCACUGAGAGAUGAGCUGGAGAAGAAACAGCAAGACAUAAUGAAGCUGCGUGUUCAUGUCACUGAAAUGCCAGACAGCGCUAGCGACCAGAGGGAGAUGACUGAACUGAGGAUAGAACAGCUGAAUAAAGAAUUGAAACAGGUGGCACAAAUAAAUCAAGAUUUGAAGAGUCAGCUUGAGGAAACUAGACUAGCUCAUCAGGUGACUCGAGCACAGCUGCAAGAAUCGCAAGACCUCGCACAACGGUGCAUGGCAUCCACCAAAACACUGACAGAGAGGGCUACCCAGCAAGAAGCACAGGUAACAGCACUCACAAAAGAAUGCGCUUUGGUGUCGGAGCAACACACAAAAGCAGAGACAGAAGUCGCUGGACUACACCACGAAAUGGAUGGUUGGGAGGCAAAGAGAAAAGCUGAUCUCCUUAUUCUGGAAGAGGAAACAGAGAAAGUAAAGAACCAAUGCAGUAAUCUUAAGAAAACCGUACAAAAUCUGGAGGAUAUCAACACUAGUUGGGCGUCCAAAAAUCAGGCCAUGAAAAAGGAUAUGCAAGAUUUAAAGAUGGAGCUCGACACCCAGUCUGCAGAAUUGGACCAGUUGAAGCUCCCGAUUUGCAAGUGUGACAGAGAUACCCAGACUCGCUCAAGCACCAACAGCGAUAAUUGUUACGCAAGUACUACCAUGACAGACAGAAAUGAAUGUGCCUCAAUCCUGGCUGUUGAGGAAUUAACUCCAGAAUCAGUCAAGGUUGAGGAUACACAGACGGUGAGGCAGAGCAAAACUCAGGACUUUCAAGUGGAAGGACAGCAGGAAGUGCAUCAAGGAGAGGAAAGGAACAGCCUCAUCCAAGAAGCGGAUACUGCCCACGCAACACCUUCCACUUCAGCUCGUGGUAAUUUGCAAGAGACCAUGGUGUGCAGCCUCAAGGAUGAAACGGCGCGAGGUACAAGAGAUCAUAUGAAUGAGCAGAGGACAGAGGAACAGUCCUUAGAUAACUUCAAAGACAACAUUCCUAUUGAGGAUUUGCCGGUGGAAGUAGCAAUUGUGGCGGAGCAGAUCCAGAAGUGUAAAGGCGAAGGAGAUACCUUACAGGAUGUGUCAGCGGGUGAAGAAAUCAGUCAGAACCAAUUGCGGAGUAUCGUUGUUACAGGCCCUUCGAAUAUGCCAGGACAUUCGUCUGACGAGUUGAGCUUGAAUCAUCAGAAGGACACUCAACCAAAAAGAGUUGGGACAGGACAAAGUGCUGAUGCAUUCGAUACCUUGACUACGACAUUGACGACUUUGAACACGAUCUCAUUGAAGACAUACAGUGGAAGUUUGGAAGUCCCUGCCAAGGCAAACUAUAUUACGACUUCUCAAGCACGUUUGGGUAACCAACAACUACCAGCUGAGCUAGGCAACAAUCCAGGAAGAAUCAUACCACUGGACAAGGAAGAAACAUCACCUCCUGUACAGGAAAGCAAAACAUCACCCGAGACGUACACUGAUAAUGAACCUGAUGCUUGUGUAGGUAAAGCUGAAGAGGCACGAUCCCACAGUGUAGUAUUAGAUGUAUUUGGGAAUCAAAAUCAAGUUGACGCAUACGAUGAAGACAUCGUGAUUCCCCGUACCUACGUUGAAGAAAAUUCCAGUCGUUGCAGAGGUGAAGAAAAAGGAGAACUGCAAGAACGUGAGCCAGUAGAAUGUGACAGUGUUGCGCAUGCUCAUGAGGCAAAUGUAUUUCACGAGGUAGGGAAAGACAGGUUGCCAGGAGGUGCAGGAACUAGACAGGGAGAGAUUGGGUUGUCUUUAGAGAGUGGCCAGGUCAGUCUGAAGAGUGACAACAUAGAAGCCUCAAAGACAUUGCCAGUUUUUAUCCUAUCCACAGAAACGAUACCAGGUAAUAGCAAGUUUAUUCCAACAUCGAAACUGAUGGGGAUUUCUGUAACAUCUGAAGAACCUUCUACACCAAAAGACAUAAGUAAGAGAGGCACAUUGGCAAAGAGUGCCCUUUCUGAAACUGAUGGUACAGAGACUUUGCCUCAAGAGGAAAAUGGUCCUCAAGAUAUUAAUAGUUCACAGUCUUGUUAUGAUUCCACAGAUAGGAAGGAAAGACCUUUGUCAGCAACGAAUCUCUGUGAACCAGGCAACUACAACAUCUUGAGGAAGAAAGGAGAAUCCUCUCCUCUGACUACCAAGCCUACGUUUUUUCAGACGCCCAAGCGAAAGCACGCACCUUCCUUGCAUCAGGUGUCCAGUCCUCCAUUUGUUCCCAAACCACCUACAUUUGUGCCUGACAUAUCUGCAUUUUCUUACAUGUCAAACUCUGAACCAUUGUCCUCUUUACGCAACAUCGAUGACCGUCAAAAGCACCCUCUAGCUAAGACAAAGUCCACGUGGUCGUCUCCUAGCGUGAAGAAGAGUAGUGAGUUUGGAAGUGCAAAGUCAUACUCUUCUUGGAAGACCCUUGAUCAGCUGAGAAUGCAGCCACAUCAGCAUCAGAGCAACCAAACAACGAGAAUGCCCGUGAGGUUCUCCCACCUUCCACCAUCAGCCCAGCAACUUCACCAAUCCCUCUGCCACACCACAUCCUCGCCAACCUUGACAUCGUCACCUACCAUUCAUCAUCCGACAAGUAAUUUGACUGCUCAACAGUCAACAGAUCCGCCGAGACCUCUUGGCCUUUCGGAAGACAGUAUCCUCGAGACAUCAACAACUCGGGCUAAAGAAAUCCACAGCGUCAUGCCAAGACUAACGCAUGGAAGAUCAAUCAUUGACAGCAGCUCUGGAAGAGACGAUCACAGCCACUUCCAAGAGAAAAUAUCAUCUACAACAAAACAGGUAACUGAGUCAAAUCCAACCAGUCCGAAGUACCCUCCUGUACCAGUCAACCUCGCGACGAGGCGGCUGCCUCCCCGCUCGGACCAAGAUCGUGAAGGUGCUGCAGGGGAUGCAGGCGGAGAUGCAAGUCUCUUCUCCGACGACGAAUGCGAGGAAGACAUGAAAGAUGGCGUGGCCAGCCAGAUCGAUCGUAUCCAGAACUUUCUGAAGAAGGACCGAUUGCGGAAAAGAGCGAAAUUAGAGUGAACUCUUCCACUCCGUUUGUCGACAUAAUUAAGCCAAGAACAGAAACCCUUUCUUGAUGAAAGAUCGGUUGAAAAGAGUAAACUUACUAAACUUUUCUUUCCAUAACGGUCCAUAUUCAUUAAAGUCUCGUUGCGUUUUGUAUUGUAUUAACGAUUUUAAGUAGACCGGGCAGCUUUUAGAGAAACGAUCAUAAGUACAAGUUCCCACUAGUUCAACAUCAUAUUGAAAAUCAUGUAUUAGGGUUGUGGGUAAACUGCGUGGUAGUAGUCGAGGGUUUUGUGAAACGAUGCCCUCUCUUUAUCAGGCUAAGGCCUAAAACAAAAAAGAUGUUGUAUUACCCUUUAGGUG